AGCCAUGAUAAGGAGAGGCUUCCAGGUGGCAGCAAGACUCAGCCACCACAGAUCCCUCCUUGGGACCCUCCAGAUAUUGCCCGGACUCAGCCCUGCCUUGACCUUCGGAUCCUCCACAGACGCCAUGGUCUCAAGAUUUUGUAUGAAAAAGACAGACUUGAAGGAUUAUGCCCUUCCUAAUGCCAGCUGGUGUCCUGACAUGCUGAGCCUGUACCAAGAAUUUCUGGAGAAGACCAAGUCCGGUGGCUGGGUCAAACUGCCCUCCUUCAACUCCAACAGAGACCACAUAAAGGGGCUCAAGCUCCCAUUGGGGUUGGAAGUGACCUCCGACCAAAGUGAUUGCCGCAUCUUCACCAGGUGCAUCCAAGUGGAAGGACAAGGCUAUGAAUAUGUCAUCUUUUUCCACCCAUCCAUGAAGAAGUCUGUGUGUCUCUUCCAGCCAGGCCCUUACCUGGAAGGGCCCCCAGGGUUUGCCCACGGAGGGUCCCUGGCAGCCAUGAUGGAUGAGACCUUUGCUAAAACUGCCUACCUGGCUGGAGAGGGGCUGUUAACAUUAAGCCUCAACAUCAGGUUCAAAAACUUGAUCCCCUUGGGCUCUCUGGCUGUACUGAAUGUUGACGUGGAAAAGAUUGAGGACAAGAAGCUUUACAUAUCCUGCAUUGCCCAGAGCAGAGACCAGCAGACCGUCUACGCCAAGUCCUCAGGUGUUUUCCUUCAGCUGCAGCUGGAAGAAGGGAUAUCCCAAUAGAAGUCACUCAGCCUUUGGAAGAGCCUACUGCUGCC